AUGCCCAGGGCGAUAACGAUGGAAAAGAUAGAGGGGGGAAAACCGGGUCAGGUUUACUACCCACUCAACCUCAGCAACCAUCCCACCCCCCCUCUAACCCCCACAUCCCUCCUCAUCCAAAUCCACACCACGGCACUCAACCACCGGGAUUUGUUUCUCCGCCAACAUCUCUACCCAUCUCCAUCCUUUAGCACACCCCUCCUCGCCGAUGCCUGCGGCAUCGUCUCCCAGAUCGGUAGUAAAGCCGAUGAAAAAUGGCUCGGGAAACGCGUCAUUCUUACUCCCGGCCGCGGUUGGAGAGAUGAUCCGUUUGGUCCCGAAGAUGUAGAUGGCUAUAAGAUUUUAGGUGGGACCAGUUCCGUUCCGAUUGGGACGUUGAUUGAAGAGGUGGUUAUUGAGCAGGAGGAGGUAGAGGAGGCUCCGGAACAUUUGAGCGAUGUAGAAGCAGCGGCUUUGCCGUUGGUGGGUUUGACGGCUUGGAGGGCCUUGGUUGUUAAAGGUGGAGAGGGGAAUAUUGGGGUUGGUAAGAAUAUUUUGGUCACGGGGAUUGGGGGUGGUGUGGCGUUGAGUGUUUUGCUUUUUGCGGUGGCGUUGGGGAGUAAUGUUUUUGUUACUAGUGGUGAUGGGGAGAAGAUUGAGAAGGCGAAGGCCUUGGGGGCGAAGGGAGGUGUUAGUUAUAAGAGUGAGGGGUGGGAGAAGGAAUUGAAAGGUUUGUUGAAGGGGUUUGGGAAGGAGAAGUUGGAUUUGAUUAUUGAUGGGGCGGGAGGUGAUAUUGUUAGGAGAGCUACGAAGUUGUUAAAGCUCGGCGGCACCCUAGUCCAAUACGGCAUGACCCUCUCCCCCAAAAUGGACUGGUCCAUGUCCGCCAACCUGAUGAAUCUCGAACUCAAAGGCUCAACCAUGGGAUCGAGAAAAGAAUUCAAAGAAAUGAUUCAUUUUGUUAAUGAACAUAAGAUUAAACCGGUUAUUUCGAGAGUUGUGAGGGGUAUUGAUAAUUUAGAGGGGAUUGAGGAGUUGUUUGGUAUGAUGAAGGUGGGGAGUCAGUUUGGUAAGUUGGUUGUUGUUGUUAAGGGGGAGGGUGAGGGGAAGGUGGAGAGUAAAUUGUAG